GUCACUUCCAUAUUGGGUAGACUGCACUCGGGCUCUCUCUCACCUCUCUCUGUGACUUUCCAACUUUAUCUUCCCAGUAUUAACACUCAAUCUCACCCUCCGACAGCCAGUCGCACAAAAUGGCAACACACUACGAUCCGGAGAAGCCCCCAUCGGGCGGAGACAUGGACGUGAUGGACGCUAAGAACGCCCAGUCACUUGACAUGGACGCGAUGAAGCUCGCCGAGAUGGGCUACCGACAGGACAUGCAGCGAAAUUACUCUGUAUGGUCCGUCCUCGGCGUGGGCUUCUCUCUCACCAACUCGUGGUUCGGCAUCUCCGCCGCCCUGGUCACGGGCAUCAACUCUGGCGGGCCUCUUCUCAUCAUCUACGGCAUCAUCUUACUCGCAGUGAUAUCUACUGGUGUCGGCAUCUCCCUGAGUGAGCUUGCGAGUGCGUUUCCCAAUGCGGGAGGUCAGUACUUCUGGGCCAACGAACUGGCACCCAAGAAAUAUGCAAACUUUGCGAGCUACUUGACCGGCUGGCUAGCAUGGGCAGGAUCCAUGUUCACGAGUGCAAGUGUGGCUUUGGCCAUGGGCAGUGCCACAGUGGGCUGCUAUCAAUUGGCCCAUCCAGACUUUGCGAUUCAGAGAUGGCACGUGUUCGUAUCCUACCAGCUGUGUAACAUUUUCUGCUUUGGCUUCAAUUGCGUUGGAAAGAUCCUCCCGGCGGUCGCAAAAAUCACGCUCUGGACGUCUCUCGUAUCCUGUUUCGUCAUCCUCAUCGCCGUUCCGGCCGCUGCACCAACCCACCAGCAUGCCAAGUUCGUUUUUGCCACCUUCAUCAACAAUACUGGCUGGUCUCAGGGAGGAAUCGCCUUCAUCGUCGGCCUCGUCAACACGAAUUGGGCGUUCGCCUGCCUUGACUGUGCGACGCAUCUCGCAGAGGAAGUCCAUCAUCCCGAACGCAUGGUCCCCAUUGCCAUCAUGGGCACUGUAGGCAUCGGGUUCGUAACGAGUUGGUUCUUUGGUAUGGCCAUGUUCUUCUCUAUAGUGGGCGAUUUCUCCGAGAUCGUCGCCUCGCCGACACAAGUACCAAUCCUCGAGCUCUUCUACAGGGCACUUCGUGAUAACCUAGGAGGUGCCAUAUUCCUCGAGGCCCUCAUCAUUGCUACUGGCCUGGGCUGUUUGGUCGCGUCCCAUACGUGGCAGAGCCGCCUCUGCUGGUCAUUUGCUCGAGAUCGAGGUAUCCCCGGCCACAAAUGGCUCAGCAAAGUCCACCCGACACUCGACGUCCCCAUCUUUGCCCACUUCACGAGCUGUGUCAUCGUUGGCAUUCUAGGCUGUCUCUACCUUGCGUCUCUCACUGCUUUCAACUCCAUGAUCGCAGCGUGUGUAGUUCUCCUUUAUAUCUCGUACUCAGUUCCUGUUGCUUGUCUAUUGAUACGCGGCCGCUCAAACAUCAAGCCGGGGCCCUUCUGGCUAGGGCCUUUUGGCUUGGUUGCUAACAUUGUUCUCCUUGGCUAUACUGUUUUCACCCUCGUCAUGUUCAGUUUUCCCUACGCCAAACCCGUCACGGCAGGAAAUAUGAACUACGUCAGCGCCGUUUACGGUGUCGUCGCGGCCAUUGUCGCCAUCGACUGGUUCGUCCGUGCCAGGAAAAGCUUCAGAGGUGUCGGCGAGCGGAAGACGGACGCCGAUAAUGUUGUCCAGGGCGUCAGAGUCGGUAGUACCGUCACUGCAGAUGGGUUCCAAGGCCAUCAUGACCCGUUCGACUCUGGCGAUAUCCGUGGCACGGCGGGUGGCAACGGCGAUGGGCGCUCCGCCGUGAAGGAAGAGCCGAACAAGGCGAAUGACGGGCCCCAUGUCGUCCGAUGAUUUUCACGUCGAUUCUGGUGACGAUUUUCCCAUUCUCCUGUAUAUACACAACAACCAUGGAUUGUGUUACGUUCUCGAUAAAGGAAAUCAUGAGGCUUCUCAAGCAGACAAGACGGAAUUAAUAUAUAUACAUCCACGGGUGGAGAGCAUAGCUAGUCUCAAGGUACUGCUCUCGAAUAAUCAAUUGAUCCUUUC